AUGGGAAUGCGUUGUUUAUGCGUUUUGCUGAGUAGCUUUAGCGAUCCUGCAAGACUCUCGUUCGUCUCUUCAUCAACCGGAUAUAGCUCAGCGCGCUCCUCCCUUCGUAGUUCUGAUGGAGGAGAAGAUCACUCCAGCAAUCGAGAUAGUGGCAUUGUUAGCCAUUCCUCGCUUUCUUCGCUUUCGUCGUCGCGAAGAUCUGCACUCCAUUCCUCGCUUUCUUCGCUUUCGUCGUCGCGAAGAUCUGCUCUGUUAGCUGCCGGAUCCAUCUCACACGUCGAUCGCAUAGCCAUUGAACUUUUCGACACCGAAAAGACCUACGUGGAAGAUCUAUACACAGUGAUCCAGGGCUAUCUAAACUUUCUCGUUGACCAUCGCGAUGAAUUGGGAGUGACAUUGGACAACAUAUCGUCGCUAUUCGGUUGUAUUGAGCGAAUUUAUGCGUUCAACCGUAAACUACUCCAGCAGCUGGAUUUGGCCGACUUGGAUUGUGUCAAGAUGAGCCGCUGUUUUGUGGAUAGUGCGGGAAAAUUCGAGGAUUAUAUCGUAUAUUGUACCAACUACCACCGGAUGAUCGCAACCCUCACACAAUUACAGCAGCAACCACACUUAGCUGCUGCCUUAUCGCAGCGUCAAGCUGCACUCGGCCACGCUCUUCCAUUGAGCGCAUAUCUUCUCAAACCUGUUCAAAGAGUGCUAAAAUACCAUUUAUUCAUUGAGAACAUGCUGAAACAUCUACCCAGCACGUUGCCACCUGAGGACUUCGCCAUCGUAAAACGUGCUCAUGAGGUGAUGACAUCGCAAGCAUCUCGUAUUAAUGAUGAAAAGAAGCGUGCCGAACAUGCAGAACGA